AUGACUGACUGCAAUUUUGACACCAAUGUCAAAAUUCAAAAUAUUCACGUAGAUUUUGGAAAAGUAGAGGUUGGCUGCACAGCUGUUAGAACAAUUAAAGUUGUAAACCGAAGUGAUGUAGAUCAGUCUUACAAAGUUCAGAGGGAUGAAAUAACUAAUUCCUUGGAUUAUGUUUUUAAUUUAAAAGAAUAUUUUUGGAUUUUAUCUCCUGGACGUGAAUAUGUUUGCGACAUAAGCUAUCGACCUAUCGCAUCUUUCUGCAAAAACACUGAUUAUUUUACAAUAAGCGACAACGAUGAGAACUAUUGUUAUAAAAUUGUCGUACAGGGAAUUUCUAUUGGUCCCUGUGUAUUGAUUGAAAAAUCCAGACUUUUAUUUCACACCUCGGAAGAAAUAGGGGAAAUAAGAAAGCGAAUAAAAAUAACCAAUGAGUCUAUUGUUCCAGCAAUAUUUUUAUUCGACUUGGACGAAAAUCAAUCUCCCUUUAAAUUAAGUUUGACAAAUGGAACUAUAAAACCAUCUUCUUUUAUUUACAUAUAUAUUUCGUUUGUGCCUUUAAAGCCUGGAAUUCAGGUCUAUUACCUCCCUUGUUUAAUUCUGAACCAGAAACCGAUCACGAUAGAAUUGUAUGGAUACUUUGGUUCGGUCUACACCACCGAAAACGAAUUUUCUAAAGAAAUUUGUAGUUCUCCUCUGCCAAAAAUUGCCGGAUACGAAGGUUACAUAUGUGAUGUAACCAAUAUUCGAAGAGGAACUGGACCAUUAAUUUCCCUAUCGAAUAAUUUCAUCGAUUUUGGACAAUCUCCUGUUGGAACAGAAAGUUCCACAAGAAGAAUUCCGCAAACGGUUUGCUUUCAGAAUCACUCUCCUUCAAAUCUUCUCGUCAUUUGGGAAGAAGUUGUCUCUGGCAUUUUUAAAAUAAAUCCUCACAGUACUCAAGUUGGUAGCAAGCAAUCUUCCAUUUUCGAAAUCAGUUUCGACCCUUUAGAAGAAAAAUCUCUUUAUUCUCAUGAGAUUUUACUAAAAGCUUUUAGGAAACAAGAAAAAGUUUCUUCAUUUUGUCAAGCAAUUCCGACUCAAUCGACGAUUCCUUUGAUCACAUCUCUAAGAAUGAUUGGACAUUCUUUAAGGCUGGAUUCCUCAAAAGACUGGAUUCCUCAUUAUCAAGUUCCCCAAACUGUAAUAAUGCCAGCGUGCAUCCCAGCAAUUCCAGUUUAUACCAACUUUUUAAUCAGGAAAUUAGAGAGCCAGAUGCCUCUUAUGUUUCGUUUCAUUCCCCCAGAAGUCAGUAAUUUCACAAUCAAACCAGCACUCGGAAUAAUUUACAAAGAUUAUCAAGUAGUAACUGUGGAGAUGUUUCCUGAAAAUGAAGGCGAAAAUUUAUACUUUGAACGCUGGUCUCUUCGAUUUAAUGAUUGUCAGGAAACCGAAACUCACAUCGAUUUUAGAGGAUAUGCUGAAUAUCCAAAUCUCAAUUUUGAAAUUGAAAAUAGGAUAGAAUUCGACCCUACUUAUCCUGACUCUUGUCGAUCUCGUAAAGUCUCAGUUAGAAACCCUACUCGACACUGUAUAAAAUUUUCUUUUCUUCGACAACCAAAGGAACUAAAAAUUCAUUAUGAUAAUGACAUAAUUCAUCCGAAUGAAAUUCUUUCACAAGAGUGGAUUUUUUGUCCUGCUGAAUCUGGAUACUACAACUUUACUCUUGAUUGUAAAGUUAUUGCUCUGGAUAAUGAAAAUUUGGAAGUAGAUUCUCCGAGCAGAAAUAUUGAAAUUUCAGUAUCCGGGAUUGGUGAAAAAGGAAGACUUGUAGCAAUACCGAACGAACUUAAUUAUGAGGAACUGGCUUUUCAAAAUUCAAAAUCUCUCAGUUUUCACCUUUUCAACUUUAGUAGAACACCCAUUCAUUUUCAAAUGUCUUCUCAACACCGAAACUGGCCAAUCGGCUGUCUCCAAAGAGAUGUAAAAAUUAUUCCAACAAUAGGAACGAUCCUCCCACAAGGAAAUGAAAAAAUAGAAGUAACAAUAACUCCCCAAGAAGCUGGAUUUUACGAAUUUUUUAUCCAGUAUUUUGUAAAAUCAGAUUCUGAACCAAAAAGUCCAGUUUUGAAAGAUGAACCAAAAAAAGUAUGCAGCGUCAAUUGUAUGAGCGUUUAUCCCACUUUUAUUAUAGAAGAUUUAUUAUACUAUGGACCGGAAGCUGGCGUUAGUAAAUUUUCCCUCUGGAAGUUGAUGCAGAUUAAUAAACUCAACAAUAUGUUGAGAGACUUGCACCCGAAUUCUAUUCAAACUCUAAAUAUGAAUUUUCCUGUUUUCACAACGCACAAUAAACCUCUGCAUGUAGAAUUAUUAUUAACAAAUCCACAAAUGGUUCCAGUUUCGUGGACACUGAAAAGAAUUAAACUUUGUUCUUGUGGAAAAAAGUACAAGACUAAGAGUUUUUCGUUCCAAUGUGAAAUAUACGAUUGUCCACAUCGGGAAGUUGUUAAUAUUUUCCCGAAAUCGGGAACAAUAAAGCCGAGAAAAGAGGCAAGAAUCUCGAUAGAAAUUCGGUAUAAUUUAUUGGGAACAACAGAGCUGCAAUGGGAUUUAAUUUUCGAAAAAGAUAGACGCGUUACUUUAAAAACAAAAGUCAGAUCUCUUUCUGAAAAUGAUGAAGAGCUCAUUUUAUUUCAAGAACCACCUUUAAAAUUCGAACAAGUUUAUAUCGGAGAUUUAAAUCCUAUUAAUCAGAUGGUUUGGAUAUACAAUCCCACUAAACUUGAUAUUUCUUAUCAAUUGGAUAUGGAAACUCUAAAUAAAAUCAACGAGCAAUUCGGAGGACCAAUUUUUUCUUGUUCAAAUCCUUCCGGUUCAUUGAAGGGAUUAUCUCAUUAUCCAAUUAUUUUUAAGUACCAUCCGAGGCAGUUUCAAGAAUACAGUAUAAGAAUUCCUAUAAAGCUCGGAAAAAGAGAAACAGAAUUAAUUUUGGAAGGAGCAAGUUCUCAAAAUUCGAUAAUAAAAGUAGCCGAACGACUUUCGCCUUACAAAGAUAAAUUCUUCAUUCCAGAAGUCCCAGUUUAUUUUAAUACAGAUAGUAUAACAAUUUCUCCUGUUUCUACAAAUUCAACGAUUACUAGAGUGAUUAUAAUCCAUAAUCGUCAUCCUAAAGAUGUUCUUGGAUAUUCUUGGGAAAGGUACAAAAUAUCAGAAAUAAUUGAAGCAAAAGUUGAACCCUCGAACGGAAGGAUACCGCCAUUAACGACGCAAACAUUUUUGCUAACUGUAUUUACUGGUUCUGAAUCUUCAAAAAUAACUAUUUGCGUCACUUGCAAAUUUAUCAACAUGAGCGAAAAACAUCUUUACGAGAAAGAAACAUUGUCACUCUUUGAAAAAUCCAAAGAAUUGGAAAAUGAGUUUAUCAUCACCGAAAAAGGAAUCCAAUAUCCGAAAGAUAAAUUACGGAAUCCGAAGAAUUUGAAACCACCUGUGCCAUUUUAUAAAGGACUCACAGUUCAGGCCUACGUUUAUAAAGAGAAUCUCAAUGCUUCUGGUUUUACUUUAGAAUGCAUGAUUUGGGAUAUUUUGAACAGCAACGUUUUUCAAAAUAUGAUGCAAGAAAAAUUAGCAGAAAAAUCAAAGGUUAUGCCCCAAAUGAGAAAUAUUGAAACGCUUCUGCGAAAAAUGACAUUUAGAAUAGUCCAUGAAAAUUAUGAACUCGUGACGAAUCAUUUGUUAGAGCCAUCCGAUUUUAGACAACUUACUUAUAAAAAAAUAUCCACAGACACGCAAGAAGAUCACGCAAAACUUUUUUCUAUUCCAUCGAGUAAAUUUACCAGUUUUUCUGAUAAUAAAAGCAUUGAAAACUGA